AUUCCAGGCUUUAAAAAAACAUUUGGAAGCAGGACACCCUGAACUCAAUGAAGUUGAACUUCAGCAGCUCUGUGCAUCUUUACCUGUAAAUGGUGAACUCUGGGCAGACAGUGAAAGUAUGGCACAAGAUGAACAUGCACUAGAACAGGAAAUAGAAAGAGAUUAUGAGAUGGACCAGGAAGGUAAAGCAAGUCCUGUAGGAAGUGAUAGUAGCUCUAUUCCAGAUGAUAUGGGCUCAGAACCAAAGCGGACCUUACCUUUUAGAAAAGGGCCAAAUUUUACUAUGGAAAAAUUUCUAGAUCCAUCUCGCCCAUAUAAGUGUACAGUGUGUAAAGAGUCUUUCACUCAAAAGAACAUUCUCUUGGUCCAUUAUAAUUCAGUGUCUCAUUUACAUAAACUCAAAAAGGUUUUGCAGGAAGCAUCAAGUCCUGUCCCUCAAGAAACCAACAGCAGCACUGAUAACAAACCCUACAAGUGCAGCAUUUGUAAUGUUGCAUAUAGCCAAAGUUCGACAUUGGAAAUCCAUAUGAGAUCUGUGCUUCAUCAGACUAAGGCAAGGGCUGCAAAAUUAGAACCAAGUGGUAAUAUAAGUAGUGGAACUAGUGUAGCAGGGAAUGUUAACAGCCCCAGCCAAGGGAUGCUAGAUUCUAUCAGCUUACCAGCAGUUAACAGCAAAGAUACACAUUUAGAUGCCAAAGAAUUAAAUAAAAAGCAAGCUUCUGAAUUAAUUGCUUCUCAGCCUUCACAUCACCCACCCCAGUCACCAGCACAACUUCAAAUGCAAAUCCAGCAUGAACUGCAACAGCAAGCUGCAUUCUUUCAGCCCCAGUUUCUGAAUCCAGCAUUUUUGCCUCAUUUUCCUAUGACACCAGAAGCAUUGCUGCAGUUUCAACAGCCUCAGUUCCUUUUUCCAUUCUAUAUUCCUGGGACAGAAUUUAGCUUGAGUCCAGAUCUGGGUUUGCCUGGCUCGGCCACAUUUGGUAUGCCUGGAAUGGCAGGUAUGACAGGAUCGCUACUAGAGGAUUUAAAACAGCAGAUACAAACUCAACACCAUGUUGGCCAGACUCAGCUGCAGAUACUACAGCAACAAGCACAACAGUAUCAAUCGACACAACCACAAAUUCAGUCUCAGAAACAACAGCAGCAGCAGCAGCAACAACAAAGUAGCAAGCUAAUGAAGCCAGAGCAAAAUAGCAUGGUCAGUGCAGACUGCCAGUUGAUAAAGGAUAUGCCAUCAUAUAAAGAAGCAGAAGACAUUUCUGAGAAACAAGAGAAGCCAAAGCAGGAAUUUAUAAAUGAAAGUGAAGGACUAAAGGAAAGCAAAGAUAUGAAGAAGCCAAAAUCCUCAGAACCAACCAUCCCACCACCCAGAAUAGCUUCUGGGGCUAGAGGAAAUGCAGCCAAGGCUUUGUUGGAGAAUUUUGGCUUUGAGCUAGUGAUCCAGUACAAUGAAAACAGACAAAAAGUACAGAAAAAAAGCAAGAGCGGGGAGGGUGAAAACACUGACAAAUUGGAAUGUGGAACAUGCAGUAAAAUGUUCUCUAACAUUCUUAUUCUAAAGAGUCAUCAAGAACAUGUGCAUGGGCAUUUUUUUCCAUAUGGAACAUUAGAAAAGUUUGCACGCCAAUAUAGGGAGGCUUAUGACAAGCUUUACCCAAUUUCCCCAUCUUCUCCAGAAACACCACCACCUCCGCCACCACCACCUCCCCCGCCUCCUCCACCUCCCCCACCUCCCACACCCUCGCAGCCUUCUUCAGCCAGCUCUGGAAAAAUUCAAAACACAACUUCAACUCCCUUGCAGGCUCCGCCACCCACACCACCACCGCCUCCUCCACCUCCACCACCGCCUCCCCCACCUCCACCACCACCUUCAGCUCCACCUCAAGUCCAGCUGCCUGUGUCGCUUGAUCUUCCACUGUUCCCUCCAAUUAUGAUGCAGCCAGUGCAGCAUCCUGCACUGCCUCCUCAGCUUGCUCUCCAGUUGCCACCAAUGGAUACUUUGUCUGCAGAUCUUACCCAGCUUUGUCAGCAGCAGCUAGGGUUAGAUCCCAAUUUCCUACGGCAUUCUCAGUUCAAGCGUCCACGUACGAGAAUCACAGAUGAUCAGUUAAAAAUCUUGCGGGCUUAUUUUGAUAUUAACAAUUCUCCAAGUGAAGAGCAGAUUCAAGAAAUGGCUGAGAAAUCUGGCCUCUCUCAAAAGGUUAUCAAACACUGGUUUCGUAAUACACUUUUUAAGGAGCGGCAAAGAAAUAAAGAUUCCCCAUACAAUUUUAGCAAUCCUCCCAUAACUGUCUUGGAAGACAUAAGAAUUGAUCCUCAGCCCACCACUGUAGAACCUUACAAGUCUGAUGCAUCUUUCAGCAAGAGAUCAUCUAGAACAAGGUUUACUGACUACCAGCUUAGGGUCCUGCAAGAUUUUUUUGACACAAAUGCUUAUCCAAAGGAUGAUGAAAUUGAACAACUUUCAACUGUACUUAACCUGCCUACUCGAGUUAUUGUUGUAUGGUUCCAAAAUGCACGACAGAAAGCGCGCAAAAGUUAUGAAAAUCAAGCAGAAACUAAGGAUAAUGAGAAAAGGGAACUCACCAAUGAGCGCUACAUUCGAACUAGCAAUAUGCAAUAUCAAUGUAAAAAGUGCAGUGUAGUCUUUCCCAGAAUUUUUGAUUUGAUUACACAUCAGAAAAAACAGUGUUAUAAAGAUGAAGAUGAUGAUGCGCAAGAUGAAAGCCAAACAGAAGAUUCGAUGGAUGCCUCAGAUCAAAUGGUAUAUAAAAAUUGCACAGUUUCUGGCCAAACUGACUCAUCAAAAAGUGCAGCUGUGACAGCAGCGAGCUCUGGCUCUGGUUCUAGUACUCCUUUAAUGCCCUCUCCCAGACCAGAACCUGAGAAGACUUCUCCCAAACCCGAGACAACAGAAAAGCCAAAGCAAAGUGAUUCCACACCUAAACAAAUUGAUACAACCUCCCAAGGCACCAAGCCAGUACAGUCUGCCCCAAUAACUUCCUCUGAUCCACAACCCUCAGCUUCUCAGUCACAACAACAAAAACAGCCACAGAUGGUUGGAAGACCUCCAUCUGCAUCACAAACACCUGUUCCUUCCAGUCCUUUACCAAUUUCAAUCGCACCUCUACAGAACAGUCUACCUCCUCAGUUAUUACAGUACCAAUGUGACCAGUGUACAGUUGCCUUUCCAACUCUAGAACUUUGGCAAGAACACCAGCACAUGCAUUUCCUAGCAGCCCAAAACCAAUUUCUUCACUCUCAAUUUCUAGAAAGACCUAUGGAUAUGCCAUACAUGAUAUUUGACCCUAAUAGUCCUCUGAUGACUGGACAGUUGCUUAACAGUUCUCUUGCUCAGAUGCCCCCACAGACAGGUUCAUCACAUACGGCUCAUUCUGCUACAGUUUCUGGGUCACUUAAACGAAAACUGGAUGAUAAAGAAGAUAAUAAUUGUAGUGAAAAAGAGGGAGGAAACAGUGGUGAAGACCAACAUCGUGAUAAGCGUUUAAGAACUACAAUUACUCCAGAGCAGCUAGAAAUACUCUAUGAAAAAUACCUGUUAGAUUCUAAUCCCACUAGGAAAAUGUUAGAUCAUAUUGCACGUGAAGUGGGACUUAAAAAGAGAGUGGUACAAGUCUGGUUUCAGAACACACGAGCCCGAGAAAGAAAAGGUCAGUUCCGUGCAGUAGGUCCAGCCCAGUCCCACAAAAGGUGUCCUUUCUGUCGAGCACUGUUCAAAGCAAAAUCAGCUUUAGAAAGUCACAUUCGCUCUCGGCACUGGAACGAAGGAAAACAGGCAGGUUAUAGUUUACCUCCAAGUCCUUUAGUGCCAACAGAAGAUGGAGGAGAAAGUCCACAAAAAUACAUGUUUUUUGAUUAUCCAUCACUAUCACUAAUAAAGACUGAAUUAUCAAGUGAAAAUGAAUUAUCCUCUACAGUAUCAACCCUUGUUAAUAAAACUACAGAGAUGUCACCGAAGAAUCUUUUAAGCCCUUCUUCAAUCAAAGUAGAAUCUAGUGAGGAUAUAGAAAAUCUGAAUGCCCCUCCUGCUGACUCUGGAUAUGAACAAAAUAAGACUGACUUUGAUGAGACUUCAUCAAUUAAUACAGCAAUUAGUGAUGCCACAACAGGAGAUGAGGGAAACAAUGAAAUGGAAAGCACAACUGGUAGUUCAGGGGAUGUGAAACCUGCAUCAUCUCCCAAAGACCCAAAACAACUUAUGAAUGAUACUUUGCCAAAAGCAGCAUCCACACCUACAAAUGAUAAUUCUGAUGAAAAGUUUCUCUACUCCCUAACUAGCCCGUCAAUACAUUUUACUGACAAAGAUGGUGAUCAUGACCAAAAUUUUUAUGUUACUGAUGAUCCUGAUGAUAAUGCCGAUCGCAGUGAAACAUCAAGCAUAGCUGAUCCAAGUUCACCUAACCCAUUUGGAGCCAAUAAUCCCUUUAAAUCUAAAAACAGUGAUCGACCAGGUCACAAACGUUUCCGAACACAAAUGAGCAACCUCCAGCUUAAAGUCCUCAAGGCUUGCUUCAGUGAUUAUCGAACUCCAACCAUGCAAGAAUGCGAAAUGCUAGGGAAUGAGAUUGGUCUGCCCAAACGAGUGGUCCAGGUUUGGUUCCAAAAUGCCCGGGCAAAAGAAAAGAAAUUCAAAAUUAAUAUAGGGAAGCCAUUCAUGAUAAAUCAGACUGGAACUGAAGGCUCAAAACCAGAAUGUUCUCUAUGUGGGGUGAAGUAUUCUGCACGUUUGUCCAUAAGAGAUCAUAUAUUUUCCAAACAACAUAUUACAAAAGUAAGAGAAACUGUGGGAAGUCAGUUAGAUCGAGAAAAAGAUUACUUAGCUCCUACAACUGUUAGACAGCUGAUGGCACAACAAGAAUUGGAUCGCAUAAAGAAGGCUACAGAUGUGCUAGGCCUAACAGUACAGCAACCAGGAAUGAUGGACAGCAGUUCACUUCAUGGUAUCAGUUUGCCAGCAGCUUACCCAGGACUCCCUGGCC